AUGGUGGUGCCCGAGAAUGCCCCGCUGAUCCAGCAGGACCCCGCUCUGGAGCCGGCCCUGGGCAGAGACGCCCCCGAGCACUCGGCCAUGGGCCCGGAGCCCCCCGAGGACGUGGGCCCUGAGGUGCGGAAGCUGCGCGAGCUGGUCCGCAGGCUGGAGCUGGACAAUCAGCAUGCCAGGAGCAGGAGCAGCAGGACCCUGCUGGGGACAAAUGUGCCUGGGGACAUCCAUGCCAGGGUGGAUAACCGUGAGCCUGGCCUCAACGGGAUGGAGAUCAACAACAGCAUCAACGCCAUCGCCGAGCAGCAGGAGCUGCAGCUGAUGGCAGAUCUGCACAGCCAGCUGAGCAAGAUGAGGCAGGAAGAAGGAGAGAACAACUUCAGAAGAGCCCUGGAUGCCCCAAUGCAAUACAGCUGCAACAGUGCCCCCGAGGAGGUGUCUCCUAAUGGGGAGCAGAGCCACAGCAAUGGCCAGUGUCCCUCACCUGUGGAUACAAGUGACAGCGCCGAGCUCCUGGGCAGCCUGCUCAUGGCAGGGAUCCACACCCCAGCUGCAGUCCAUGAACAGAAUCCCAGUGAAAAGGGUGCAGAUCUAGAGGGGCUUCCGAGUCACGUGGAUCUGGAUGAAGUCAAAGUGUUAGAACUGGAAAAUGGCCCCGAAGAGGAGGAUUGCUGGCUCUAUGUGUCUCCAAGGAAAUCCAUGGAUGAGAAAACAGCCUCUCCUCUGAAGUGGUGCCGGCAGGUGCUGGAUAACCCCAGCCCCGAGAUUGAGGCUGCCUGCAGAACCCUCAUCAACAGGCUGGACCAAGCCAGUAGAUGGAAAAACCUGUAUUGCAGCCCCCUGGCAUCUCCCAGCGCACAUAACCUGAAUUCCGAGGCAGGCUCCUGUAGCAAUGCACUAAACUCUCCUGGGCACCUCAAAUCGACUAACAAAGCACUACUAACCUGUGGCAGCUCAGGGUACCUGAGCAUGCACUCGGCCCUGAGCUCCCAGUCCUCGGUGGACAGUGAGCUGAGCACCUCAGACGACUCCAUCUCCAUGGGCUACAAACUGCAGGACCUCACUGAUGUCCAGGUCAUGGCACGGCUGCAGGAAGAGAGCCUGCGGCAAGACUGCGCCUCCAGCUCCGCCUCCGUGUCCCGCCGCAGCUCCAGCGCCUCUCUGCACUCGCUGCGCCGCGGCACCUACAGCGACCAGGAAUUCGACACUUACAGCCUGGAGGACGAGGACGACUGCGACUGCUCGCUGUCCCUGCGCAGCGCCCACCGCUACUCGCCGUCCCCGCUGAGCUCCCCGCGCUGCCAGUCGCCCUCCUCGGGCGCGGAGCUGGGCCGGGCCGCGGCCUCGCGGCUGCGCGCCCCUCGCAGGGCGGUGCAGAGCCCCAUGCAGGAGCGCCUCAAGUACGCCAACAGCGAAGAGGAGCUGAGGCACAGCAUGCCCAACCUGGCCCGCAGCAGCCUGCGCACGCUCGAGGCCGUGCGGAGCAGCCGCAGCCUGGAGUCCGACCUGCAGGUGCCCAGCAGCCGCAUCCCCAGAACUCAGCAGCGGUCAGCAGGUCUGACUCCCAGCAAGCUCAGGUAUUCCUCGGGGGCCGUGCAGUCCCCGCUCACGGGGCGCCAGCCCAAGGCAGCCUCGGGAGCCAACUCCCUGCUGCCCAGCAGGCAGGUGGGGAAGCCCUGCAGCUACACGGCUCCUGUCCCCCCAGUCCGCAAGCCACAGCUCCACACGGGCUCUCCCAGCAGCAGUUGCACUUCCAGAAGCACCACCAUGGUCACUGUGGCCAAAGCCUCUGCCCUGAAAGCACGGCCGGGCGUGGGAGGGGUGGCCCUGCCCAAGGGAAAGGCACUGCCCCCGUCCAGGAGGUUCCUCCAGGCAGCACAGACCCCCCAGGCCCCCGAGGAUGACUCCUGGAAGGAUGGGUGCUACUGACAGCCCAGAACACCUCUGUGGAGCAGAUCCCAGCUGGCUGGGCAUGACCUCACUGGGAAAGGCCCUGAGCCCCUGUCCCUGCAGACUGCUGUACAUAUCCCUCAUUCUGUGCUCUCCACACCUCCCACCUCCCUCUGCUCUGCCAGGAGCCGGGGCUGGGACACACAUCUCCCACCCUUCACUGAACCUUGAGUCUUCCCAGGAAGACUGGAAAAGCCUUAUUUCAUCCACACCCCAGCUGCAGCCCUGGGGAAGGUCUGUCACCAUCCCCUCCCAGGGAUGCUGCAGAGCUGGGGGUGUCCUCUCAGUGCCAGAAGCAGCUCUGAGCUGGUGCUGUGGCAGAGCUCGUGGGGAGUAGAAAUAGUGACAUAGGUGUUAGAUUUGAGACUUUUUAAACCCAACCUGAUGUACUCUGAUAUUUGUCUGGAAUUCAACUGGGUUUGGUUUGUUGGUUUUGUUUUGUUUUGUUUUGUUUUGUUUUUUUACUUCUGUAUAGAAUGUAUUUCUGCUACUUUUUAUUGUUUGGUCUAGAGCUGCAGCAGGUUUUUUCAACUGUAGAACAGUGAGCUGUUGUAUCCAGGUGUCAGCACAGGUCACGAGGAGCAGUACACAAUAUUUGUGUGGGGUGUGAACAGGCAGGAACAGGGAUGCCAGUUAAAAACUGCUGAGCACCAGCACCUUACCUCAGCUGAGUCAGCUCAACACCACUUAAGAGUAAAUUUUUAAAAAUCCCCUCCCCUCACAGCUUUGUCUUGAAGUAUUGGAGAUCUCAGCUGGUUCCCAACUGCCCUGACUUUUGUAGAAGUUUUCUACUGUCUCUUAAGGAUUCUGUUCCAGUGUCCUUUUCCUCAGCAAGUGCUGGAUGCUACAAAUACAGUCUUAGUUCAGGAAAUAUGCACUGAUAGCAAUGUUCUCCCUGCCAUCAAUGUGACUUUGAUAGUGUAGUUUAAUAAAAUGUUAUGGUGCUGAAAUAUA